CUUUCAUGGAAUGUCAAAUGAUAUGAAGUCUCAUUACAAUGAAGCUAAGAGCUCCGUUUACACACCUUGAUACAGACAUGCAUCUGGUCGGGUAGUCAAGUGCCAGCCAGAGUGUAACACACCAGUUUGGUUGAUACAAAGGCUCCUGUGACUCGAUAGCGGUCAAGUUUGCAUAACACAAACCACGACGACAAUGGCUCCCUUGAUACCAUCAUGAUGUGUCAUAUGAACAAUCUCCUUCGAGGUAAUGUGUACCUCUAGAGGUGUCUGCUGAUUGACACUUGAUGCAUCUAUAUAUAGCUACUAGUCUCAGCUUUAAUAGUCAGGGGAAGCUACAUCUCACAAGGGAUAAAUCCCAGUAUAUAUAGACUCUCUUUAACCCUACAACCGAGUUUCUCUUGUUCACGCUCUUAUUUUCUCGGGCUAUAACUGAUUCUAAGCAUAGCACACAAGAGAGGUCCUUAGAAUCAUCAUCAAAUCCCAUGUCGAACACAGCCUCCCGCGACAAGGGCAAGGGAAAAGCCAUACAGUCCCCAGACUAUGCUGAUCCAUACUACAAAUCCCUCCAUCCCUUAUCAGCUUGGAUUAUCAUCACUGCAUCGGAGGAAGAUGCGUCUUUAUCAGAACGAAUCUGCCUUCCCCGUCGAUUUUGUUUAAGUCGAGGCAAGCCGACCAGCCCUCUCGUACAGACUGCCUUUGGGUCACUGCGCACGGCAAGCUGCGUGCUACAGAGAGGAUGGAAACUAUUCAUGAUAUCUGCGGGUGCUGAAACUGUUAGUAGUUCUAUUGAUGGAAGUCGAGACCACGGAGUCUGGGAUGAACAGGUGUCACGAAAGCCCCAGUAUGUCAUCAAGGAAUGCGUGAAACUCGGCGAGGUGAUCUACCAGGCUACGCACAAUUUCGUCAUCGUCGAAGUGGCCGAUAAGUUCCGUGUUUGCCAGGAUGCGGGUUGCACCGAAUGCACGAAGCCUGUCAAUGAUAGUGGGUUCGUGAGCAACAAGGGGCCUGGCGAUAGUGAGACCGUCAGGAUCUGGACUCUCGGGGAACCCGUAGCUCAAGAGCUCAAUCCAAAAGUCAAAAUCUCUGUUGACCUACCUUACAGACCAAGCAACAAAGACUUUCGGAGCUUCAGCGCAUAUACUGUCCACGAAGGCGCGGCCAAAGGAUUGUUCAAGAGGACAAAAGUGAUGAUCCCCUGGAUCGAUUGGGGAGGUCUUGUAUCGCAAGACGGACAAUUCAUUGGCAUCGUCAACAACACAAGAGGAGCAAAGGAUACUAUCAUGGUAGAGGUCCUGGUGUUCGAUAAGAAGCUUUGGGCGACUUUAGACGGAGCUUUGAAGGAGCAUAUGUUUCCAGGACUGAUCGCUGGCCCAUCGGUAACGGAAACAGAUCCAUUCAUUGUUACGAGCCUCUUCAGGCACCUUGAAUACCGAUACUAGACGAAGAGCUGAUAGAAGAGAGACCCUGUGACAGUUUGGAACGGGGGAUAGCCUGCCGGGUAGUAGUUUACAAUCAAAUUUGCAUUCAACGCUGAUUUGAGAAAGUGAUAGUCAAACUGCACUUGAUCAAGUGAACUAGCCAUGUUAGUGAGAGCCUGGAUUAAAUUAAUGCUUGAGGAGCUCGCCAAUUCAAUUGCUAUUGCGCGUGUACCU